AUAUCAUUUUCUCGCUUAUAACAUUAUCCGCAUCAUGUCUUCCAAUAACAACACUACGCUCUCUUUAUUAGCUAGUGCUGACAAAAAGCUCGCUCGUGAGGAAUCACCUUCCACCGUACACUUGUCAAAUUCAUCUGGAAAAAGAUUGACACUGGAGAUUGUUCAAACUGUCCCUACUAGUGGAGCGCUACAGAACAACAAGGAGUAUAUUGAGACGCUUGUGCUCCGUUGGUGCUUCCCAAAGGAGUACGGUUCAUUACAGGGCUGUAGUCGCCUCAGAUACAUUGACUACCAGGCACAAACACUUCAAGAUUCUUCUACUCUGAGCGAUCUUUUCAAUCUCAUCAAGGCCCACAACUCCACAAUCACUGAGCUUAGGUUUUACAAAUGUUCAAGCUUACGGGGGGUAUGGAGAGCAGUAUUAGGAUGCACUCACCUUGAAGUCUUGAACAUCCGUGAGACAAAUAUACUGGAUGAGGAAGUUGAUCUAUUCUUUCAAGUCUGUAAGAAAGUUGGGGCCUUAGAGAUGUUUGGAGUAAAAAUCAGCCGGCUAUCUUCCACCUUCUUGGACGACGACACAGGGGGAUUCAUUUUUCCACAUAUACAGGACGAGGACAUGGCGGCACUUCUCAGGCGGAUGACUACACUAAGACGGCUAGAUGCUUCACAUUGUAACUUUGGUCCGGUCUCUAUGCGAGAACUAUUAGCGGAGGAGCAGGAGAUUUUGACUAGGACUGAUGGCACUGUCCAAGCGAUAUUAUCCAGUUGUUCACGUUUAAAGAAACUGCGAGGCUGCAAUAUUACAGUGUCAGAGAUUGUCAAGGGCACAGAAUGGGUUUGCAUUGAGAUGACUGAAAUGUCAGUCAUUCUUGAGGUUGAUGUUGAUAUGGAGAGUCUAGAAAGCAUGCAGAAGCAGCGUGUUGUGUUUAAGCAACUUGGCAGGCUGACUCGACUAGAACAUCUUUAUUUAACAGGGGGGGUUCCGCAAGCUAAGGGGUUUCGGACACUGGACUUGAGAUUAAGAGCAGGUCUGGAUGAACUAGUCAAUCUGAAGCAUUUACGUUGGCUAUCAUUCAUACAUGAUAAGCACCAGCAGAUUCAAUCUGAGGAUGCGACAUGGAUUGUAACCAAUUGGCCGAGCAUCGAAUACUGUGAGGGCGUUGUGAAUCGGGAUCCUGAAACACAGAGUUUAGUGACUGACAUUCUCAAAUCGCACAAUGUUGAUACACCAGAAUUUGAUCUGUGGGAAUAA